AUGUCCACGGGCGCGGGCGGCGGCGUGCGACGGCGCCGGCGGACGUGGCGCCUGUACUGGUGCUACGUGUGCGGCCGCGCGGUGCGCGCCGUCUCGUACCCGACCUCGGACGUCUUCUGCCCGCGCUGCUUCGGCCGCUUCCUGCACGAGAUCGACCUGCCGGCGCCGCGGCCCGUGGUGCCGCCGGCCGACCAGUUCUUCCAGCCGCCGUUCCUCCCGCACGACGGGCCCCGCCGCUGGAUAUACACCGGCGACGCGAGGGACGACCCCACGGCCGAUGCCGACACGCCGCUCCCUCGCCGCCGCCGCCGGCGCGUCCCAUCCCCGCCGCCAGCGCCGGCGACGCGGCGGCGCCCGGACGACGAGGACUACGACGUCGACGUGCCACCGCCACUGCCACCACCUCCCGUCGGCUGGGACGAGUUCUUCAUCGGGCCUAACCUGAACGCUCUCAUCGACCGGCUCACGCAGGACGACCGUCCCGGGCCGGCGCCGGCGCCGGAGUCAGCUAUCGACUCGCUCCCCACGGGGCCUAACCUGAACGCUCUCAUCGACCGGCUCACGCAGGACGACCGUCCCGGGCCGGCGCCGGCGCCGGAGUCAGCUAUCGACUCGCUCCCCACGGUGCAGGUCUCCCCGGCGCACCUGUCGGACGGCUCGCAGUGCCCCGUGUGCAAGGAGGAGUUCGAGCUCGGGGAGGCCGCGCGGGAGCUGCCGUGCAAGCACGCGUACCACACGGACUGCAUCGUGCCGUGGCUCCGGCUCCACAAUUCGUGCCCGGUCUGCCGACAGGAGCUGCCGCAGCAGCCGGCGGAUAGGGCACAGGAUGGCGGCCGCCGCGAAGAAGGAAGCAGUGGCGAGACGGAGGCGCCGCCCCCGGGGCCGGUGGUGAUGGCUGGUUGGGGGACCCUGGCUUGGCUGCCAUUGUCACGCGGGCCGGACGGGGACGGUUGGGUGAGGAAUGAAGCGAAUGACGGUGACGCUGACGCUGACGCCGGCGGCGGCGAGCAACAAGCUAAAAGCAGGGUAACAGCGCUACAAAUAGUGAGUAAUGUUGAGGGAAGUGUUUUUAUGGGCAUAAAACUAAAAUUCACUGCUGGAAUGAAUUUGUAUGGACAUGUAUUGACAUGGCAAAGAAAGUUUGCAAAGAUAACAAGGCUUAGGAAACUGAGUGUUGCUGGUUGGGAUGAAAUCAAUUUCAUAAUAACUAUUGAUGAUGAGCACUACAAUGGCUAUGUUCAGGAUCACAAGGCUGAUGCUGAAUUCUUAAACAGGCCUCUUGCACACUUUUCUGAGAUGCAAACAAUCUUUGGAAACAGCAUGGAUACAGGAAGGUUCGCCAAGGAUUCGAAUUUUGCAUUAGGUACAGAAGAUGCUAAUAAUGAAAAUGAAGACAUGGCUGCAAAUAUUGGGGGUGAGAUGAUUGGACAAGGUGGGAGUGAGAUGAAUGCAAAUGGUGAGAGUGAUGCCACUACAUUGCCUACUAAUCAUGGGGCUACAUCAUCGGGCAGCAAGACAAAGAAAGCAAAAGAGUUCACUAAUCACGUGUACAUGUACCAGGAGUUCACUAAUCAGGUGUGA